GAAAACAACAAUCAAAUUGUGACAUUGAAGAAAUAAUUAAAAAAUUAAAAAAAACCUAUUGUUGUUCAGUGGAAUUGUCUGUGUCUGAUGAUAAUAGUUUAGUUGGAAUAUUUAUUCAGGACAAAAUUAUGCAAGAGUCAUUUCAAGCAUACCCCGAGGUGAUUUUUGUUGAUGCUACUUAUAAAUUAAUAGAUUGGAAAAUUCCAGUAUAUAUAUUAUUAUUAGAAGACGGUAAUGGGCAAAGUGAAGUAGGAGGCAUUGGAUUACUUGUAAAUGAAGAAUAUGAAACACUUCUAUGGUUUUUUCAAACCUUCAAACGCUUAAACUCUGUCAGCACUUUAAUUCGUUUGUUUGUCAGCGAUAAAGACAUGAAAGAACGAUCAGUUAUACGAGAAGUAUUCCCAAAUGCUUCUUUAGAAAUAUGUUUAUUUCAUAGUUUAAGAACCUUCAAUAGAGAAUUGACUUGUGAAAAACGUGGAAUAACACCCAAGGUACGAGAUCAAGUCAAAAGUAUUUUUGAAAAAUUAUGCUAUUCAAAAAAUGAAGAAGAAUAUUCCUGUUUAUAUAAACAUCUCCAAGAAGUUGCUCCUAAUUCAGUUUUGGAGUAUUUUAAUAAUAAUUGGCAUGAUUUAAGGAAUGAAUGGGUAACAGGUUUAACUAGCAAUAAUGGAAACUUUAUGAAUUUAACAAACAAUAGAUUAGAAAAUUUUAAUGGUAAAUUAAAAAGUGUAAUUCCUAUUUUUUCAAAUUUGGAAACAUUUGUGGAUAAAUUAUUUGUUGUUAUUAAAUGCUUAAGAUUAGAAAGGGAUAAAAAUGCACUAAAAAUGGUUCAAAAACAGCCAACUAUUAGUAUACAAAAUCCAGAAUUAAUCAAAUAUUUUAAUCUUUUAACACUUUAUGCAUUUGAAUUUCUUAAAAAACAAUUUCAAAGUAAAGUAUCCUUUAAUCAAAAUACUACAGAAAAAUCAUGUAACUGUCAAUUUUUUAUGGCAAUGAGAUUACCAUGUUGUCAUAUAUUUGAAUAUCGACGAAAAUCAAGUUUUCCAUUGUAUGAUUCAACCCUAUGUGAUAAACGAUGGUCAAGAGAAUUUUACUACAGAUCACAAAGAGCUUUAAAAACAGCCAUAGAUAAAUCUGAAUGUAAUCAACAAAAUGAUGUGGAAAUAAAUUUUGAACCUCGUAUAGAGCAGAUUAAAUCAAAAAAACCGAAAAGUAGUCACGAGAAAUUUCGAAAGGCAUCUAUUUGUACUACUAAAAUAGCCGAGCUUAUUUCAUAUACAUCCAAUGUCCAUUUUGAUAGAAAACUUGAACAACUUAAUUUACUGUUAAGCAGUUGGAGUGAUGGAAAAGAGAUUUCAAUUACAGUUAUUGAUGGCAAUAAUGAACAAACAGAAGAACCAAUGGACAUAGACAAUGUUAAUGAUGAUAAUGAUGCCAAUGUGUGCAAUGAUAACAUGUUAAAUAAUAAUUUAAGUGUUGAUUUUAUGGACACAAGUUAUACUAAACAAAAUGUCAACACCACUCAACAUGAUCAUAACUAUUUUAUUACUGCUGAUGCUGAAGUAUUAAUGAAUGAGAAUCAUGCUGAUGUCAAUAGAUCUAUUUUUGAUGAUGCCUCAACUGAUCAAUUAGAUAAAGAUGUGUCAUUACUUACUUUUGAUCAACCUGAGAAAACAUCAAUUGCAAUAACCAAUGAACUGAAAUCAGUUUUAAAAGAUUCUACAAAUCAUUCAAUUGCUGUUAGUGAUAUAAAAUUACCAACUAAAAUUAAAACCUGUGGUCGGCCCAAAGGAGCUGUAUUGACAACAAUUGGAUUACCAAAAAAAAAAAAAGGAUUAUGCAAACCAGUUGCUUUUAGACUCAAACACUAUCUGGAGCAACAAAAUAUGAUUAUUCAGUGGUUAACAAAUAAUUCAAUUUCCCAAAAUGUCAGAAAACAAAAUUAUAUUAUACAAAGAGAAGACAUAAAAACUCAUGUGGAACUCAUUCAUAUGGGAAUAGUUGAACCAGAAGUUAAUGUUAAUUUAAUUAAACCAUUGUGUAGUACUGGUGCUUGGGAUUUACUCAAAGACAUAAUUGAAUUAAAAAAACAAAUUAAUGUCUGGGUAUGCCUUACUUGUCAAAGUGAAAUAAAUUAUGAAGAUUCCAUUUUAUGUAAUUCCUGUUUAACGCUGUACCAUAAAAAAUGUGUUAAUGUAACAUUCAAAAAGAUUAAAUCAAGUUCUUGGUUCUGCUUAAGUUGUUAUAAUUUGAAAUCAAAAAGUAACUGACUAUAUUAAUUUCAAUAUAAUUAUAUUUAUCAUUAGAAAUUAUAUGCAAUGUCUUCAUUAUUUAUGCACACCACCUAAGAUGAAUUUCACUCUAAACUCAGAAUCUAAUUCUGAUGGU